AUGAACCCAUCUUUUCGCUUUGAUGAUAUUGAUAUCUUGGUGAACCGGAACAGCCUUAGAAAGCUCUUCGAUUUCUCUGCGGGCCGAAGUCAAGACAGCUUUCGCGUCAACCUACACCUCGUCCACCGAACUCUAGUUAUUGAGCGUUGCAAGAGGACCGCCCGCGAGCUGAUCAGUGGUUCCAAGAACUCUGGGUGGGGCAGAAACUUCGAGCGCAUGUUCACGACGUACCCGCCUGGUCUAGAAGACAGCACGGCACAUCACCGGGCUCUUCGGUACCAGCUAGGCGAUCUCGCAUGCGUGGUACGUUUUGAGGUGGACGCAUACUACGAGAAGAUGGGCGAGGGCAGCGACUCGGAGCCGCUGGAAGGUGCAAUGGGGCGGUUGGCAGUAGAAGACGGCCAUGGGGAGGUCGCUGCUGGCCCCAAAUUGCCAACGCAACCGCCGAUGGCUCAAGCGACGGCGGCAGAAAUCAAGACGGCAACCAAGCCCAAGAGCCCAAGCGCGUACAUGUCACAGCUCUGGUUUGGCAGGACGCCUUGGCUUAUCAUCAGGCAGCACGCCAAUGGGACCUUCGAUCAGCUGAAGAUCACCGAUAUCGCAGCUCUAUUCACCAAUUGGGAGGAGAGACACCAGGCCGAUCUCCGCAAGUUGGUCGCAGUCUUGGACCAACUACGCCAGGCUGUCGAAGAGCAUGGAGGCGGUCACUGUGUCGCGAUAUAG